GUUGAACGUAAAGACAACGUGGCUGUGAUUGUGAGACUAGCAGAUGAUCGGAGCUGCUGCUGUUCAGAGGACUUUGGUGUUUGUUGGAGCUGAAGAUCUUCUGCAGCUGCAGGAACCAUGUCUUCAGAACCUCAGGAAGAUUCUGACAGAGAACAACUUUCUGCUGCUGAAGGAACCAUCGUCCAGAACGAGCAGGAGCUCUGUCUACAGGGAGGACUGCCGCAUUCAAACUGGAACCCGCAGCUUCAGCUGUACGUCAUAGAUCUACCCCAAGAUUAUCUGAGAGACCAGGAGAAAAACUUCCAUGGCAAGCAAGAGGAACCAGAACCUCGACAGAUAAAGGAGGAGCAGGAUGAACCAGAACCUCCUGAGAUAAAAGAGGAGCAAGAAGAACCAGAACCUCCACAGAUAAAAGAGGAGCAGGAAGAACCAGAACCUCCUCAGAUAAAAGAGGAGCAGGAAGAACCAGAACCUCCUCAGAUAAAAGAUGAGCAUGAAGAGCUAUGCAUCAGUCAGGAUGAAGAGCAGCUCUAUAUGAAGCUUGAGAAUGAUACGUUUAUGGAGACUCCCACUAAUGAGGAAAAUGAGUACAGUGAACCAGAUCUUUACAAUCAGGAGAGCUUUAAUAUAAAUGAUAAUAAAGAUGAAGAAGAAAUCCAGCAUGAAGAAUCAUCAUCAACUACAGAUGAAGAGUCAGACUCAAACAAACCUGCCAAAAGAUACAGGAAAGUGAGGAAAUACUCUUGUAAAGAGUGUGGAAAAAGUUGUACUACUGGUCAGGGUUUGAAGUAUCACAUGCGAAUCCAUACAGGAGAAAAGCCUUUUUCCUGUAAAGUUUGUAAAAAGCACUUCAGCCUAAACUCUAAUCUCAAAAAACACAUGAGAAUUCACACAGGAGAAAAGCCUUAUUUCUGUGAAGUAUGCAGAAAAAGUUUCAGGUGUAGUACUCAUCUCACUGAUCACAUGUUAACACACACAGGAGAAAAGCCCUUUUCUUGUGCAGAUUGCCACAAAACUUUCAGUCGAGGUUACAAUCUCAAGAUUCACAUGUUAACUCAUACAGGAGAAAAGUCUAUUUCCUGUAAAGAUUGGGACCAAAGUUUCAAGCAAAGCUCAAUUCUCACACAUCAUAUGUCAACAUGUUCAGGAGAAAAGCCUUUUUCGUGUAAAGAAUGUAAAAAGAGUUUCAGGAAAAAGUCUUAUCUCACAGAUCACAUGGUAACGCAUACAGACAAAAAGCCUUUUUCUUGUACAGAAUGCAAAAAAAGUUUCAGAAAAAAUUCUGUUCUCACAGAACACAUGUUAACACACACAGGAGAAAAGCCUUUUUCUUGCACAGAUUGUCAUAAAACAUUCAGUAGAGGUCAUAAUCUUAAGAUUCAUAUGUUAACUCAUACAGGAGAAAAGCCUUUUUCGUGUACAGAAUGCAGCAAAAGUUUCAGGCAAAUGUAUCAUCUCAAAUAUCAUAUGUUAACCCACACACAGCAGAAACAGCUUUCUUGAUAAAGUGCUCUCCACUAGGGAAGCAACAGAUCACAAAACUCAGAGUUCUGAUACAUUUUUCAGACAAGUUAAAUGGGCAAAACAAGAUCCAAGUUUAUAAACAUAUAUAGUAUAAAGUAUUUCAAAGCACACCCAUCAAAUCAAAACAUUUGUUCAUUGAGGACUAUUUACAAAAUUACUAAUGACAUCUUUGAACACAAUAUAUUCUAAUGUAUAUAUAAAUUAAAAAAAAGUGACUAUUAGCAUAUACUUUCUAAAAUAUGUGCGGCCAGUGCUGAACUUCUCUCUUAAAACUAAAAAAAUACAUGCAGCCAACAACAAAAUUUAACCUUGGACAUAUACAAUUUGUGAGGCUAAUGUGGCAAUGUGCAGCAAAUUUUGACGCGUUAAAACCAGAUCGUUCAACAAUUAAUUUGACAAUCGAUUAAUGUGCAGGGGUGUGGGGUCUGUGUGGGGAAUGUCUGGUUGCAGUCCGAACCCGCUACUCCCUGCAAUUUUUCCUGUCCUGCAGUUUCAAUAACUGCAUGUAUUGUUUUAAGUGUGAAGUCCUAUACUGAGAAAUGAUUGCUGUUUCUUUGAAAUGUAAAAAAAAAAGCUGCGUUAGUCCAACAGUGAAGUAGGUUAGUUCAUCUGAGAAAUUGUAAUUUGGUGAUUUUAGAUCAUUUAAUGUAUAGUCAUAUGCAGGUGUACAUAUCCAAGUGUCUUGAACAAUGCUAUGUUCACGCCAAAACUGUUGGAUAAGAUUUCUGUCAAAAGGAAGCUAAAGACAAAAUUAUUUUGUAAAAAAAAGAUGAAUACCAAAUUUAGUUUUGUUUUUCACAUGUUGGUUUUGACUACGAUUUGUUAUGUUUUGACCAUAAUUUGUCUAUGUUUUGAAUCUAUAUUUUCCUAGUCUUGAAUGCAAAGUUCCCCCUGUUAACUUGUCACCAAAAAUAUGUCACAGGAUCACUAGAAAAUAUAUAAAGUAUUGACACAUCAUAAUCACAAGCAUAACCAAGAAUCUAACGCAUAACAAAACUUUACAGACUAAAAUAUGUUACAACAUCCCAUGAAUAAACAUAUUUCUACAUGUAUUUACCAACAGACGAUGGACAAACAAGAAGGCAAAAACAAAUAAAUAUAAACAAAAGGAGUCGGAUCUGAACUGGCCUUCCAUUUACUCAUUUAUCCAUUAUCGUAUUAGGUGACCACAGUCAUCGCCAUACAUAAUUAUGUUAAGUUAUUCAUUUGGUUCUUCUAUAAAUGAUCUCAAACUUAAAGACUGAAAUAUUAUUUACUACAUUUCUCUUUAAAAACAUCAAACUCCAUAAUUUUUCCUUAAAAAUAAAAUGAUGUGGAAUGCACCACAUACCAAGUGGAUCACAGAACCCAAUUCUAAUAUUUUUUUGUUACACUGGUGUCACCAUGGGCUCUUAUGCGUUAAUUUUUACAUUAUUCCAGUUUAUUGUGAUCAUUUUUUUCAAUGACUAAUAAUAUAUGAUGUAUAUUUAUGUGUUUCCUCUUGAAGAUGUCAUUAGAAAUCACACCAAGCAGAUAUAGCCGUACAUUUGAAGACAACUCCUUUUUAGGUAUUUGUUUUAUUUCAUCUUUAACUUUGAUCCGGUAAACUUUAAUAAAAGUGUGGUCCCAAAAUA